AUGGAGAUAAUGUCAAACGACACCAAUGAUGGAUCAGAACAGCCUCUCUGUCGAUCAAUCUCCAUGAUGUCAUUAAACUGGAAAUACCCCUGGAUAUCUGAAUACAAGCCAGUAGAUGGAACAAUUUUUACUACGGAACCUGAAUCAAAAGCUGAUUACAGGUUGCUACAGGAAGACGGGAUGAUCCUAGCAAUUUGCCGAGGAGAGGUUGUCAGUCGUCAAGGCGUACUCUUAAUGGAAAUGCAACAAAGAAGAUCUGGAAAAAAUGGUAUUUAUUACUGA